UUUAACACACACUUUAUGACAUGUGUGUAUUUUGCAAGACAUUCAGCAGCUGAUGGAGAAGAAAGUGACUCCACGAGGCUAUUCAUCAAACACAGAAAGCUGAGCUUCAUUUUUCUAAGCCUCUGAGAAAGCCACGAGAACUCGGAAACUCUUUGUCAGUUGCAGAUAGACCUCUGCCACCCUGAAAGCGCGACCCCGGAACUCCAGAGCCAAUGCUUAUGAACAGGAACGGCAGCAGGAAGCCGAAGGGUGGAGCUUUAAUGUUUUGAUGUCAUAAUGAAGAGCAGGAUACCUCUCAUUCUUCUAGCUUGUGGCUCCUUUAACCCCAUCACAAACAUGCACAUGCGUUUAUUUGAGCUGGCUAGAGAUCACCUGCACCAAACAGGAAGGUAUCAGGUGAUUGAAGGCAUAAUAUCUCCUGUUAAUGAUGGCUACGGAAAGAAAGGCUUGGUUUCAGCAAGGCACCGGGUGGCAAUGGCUAAGCUAGCCCUGGGGACAUCUGACUGGAUUCGAGUUGAUCCGUGGGAGAGUGAGCAGGAGACGUGGAUAGAGACAGUAAAAGUAUUAAGGCACCAUUACAACGAAUCACUCAGAUUGCUCCAGUCCAAGAAGGAAUUCAUGAAAAACAAACGGCCCAUAGAAAGAUCUGCAGAGGAUUCCCUUUCUUACCAGUACUCAGUUCUACCAGAAUUAAAGCUGCUCUGUGGGGCUGAUUUUCUACAGACAUUUAAGACACCCAAUCUCUGGAAGGAAGAACACAUCACUGAAGUAGUGGAAAAGUUUGGUUUGGUCUGUGUUAGUCGUGCUGGCUCUGAUCCUGCUCAGCAUAUCAAAGAAUCAGAACUUUUAUCUAAAUUUCAGCACAAUAUAUUUCUGGUGAAAGAAUGGAUUCAGAAUGAAAUCAGUGCAACACAGAUACGCUAUGCCUUGUGCAGAGGGUUAAGUGUAAAAUACCUCAUACCCGAUUCUGUUAUAGCCUACAUCACACACCAUAAUAUCUACACAGAAGAGAGUGAGCGGAAGAAUGAAGGUGACUUGCUUCAGCCUCUGAAGCUGCAUAGCUCACGAGUAAACCCUCUAAAUGACUGAUGUCUGUAGUGUGUCAAGUGGACAGACCUGGAGUUUUUUCCUGUAAAGUUCUUGAGGAAGCUUGUUUCUUGUUAAUGGGGAGAAAAUAAGUCAGUUGAAAAACACUUGGAUUUGUGUGGUGUUUUAAGUUCAUGGGUUUGGUUGUGGUAGUGCUAAGGAAAUCGGGAUGCUCAGCUGCAUAGCUUAAAAUACAUAAAAAACAGCUUCCAUGUGAAAAUAAAAGGAGAUCUUAACAAUAAAUAUUAACCUCCAGCAAUACGUAAGGGCCAAACAUAGCACUUUUCUGAGUUGUACUUCUGUAAUCCUACAGUUAGUUUUAGGAUAAAGAUGUGUUCUGAAGCAGCAAAAUAACAUGAACUGUAACUAUUCUUAUAUGUAUAUAGUUAAAUAUAUAUUACCGUUAAACUUUGACUUUUUAGGACCCUCAAUAACUUUCUGUUUUGACAGUUUGGACAAGAGAUGGAAAUAAGUCUUUGAUGCCUACACUUAUAAAUGCAUGCAGCACUCAUGUCACUUUUAAGCCUCCAGAUUUACAAAUGACAGACACUCCUCAUUCCCACAUUUCAAGUGGGUUUCUUUGGUUCUCUGAUCCAGAGUCUUCUAUAAGAGUAAUUGCCUAAGCCCUUGAGUGGCUGACGUAUCUAAGAGGAUCUUCAGCUGUACUGUUUGAAAAUACGCUGUGGGAAAUAGAUGAAAAUAGCUAAAAGGCUAUCAAUACUUGAGCCCUAACAUUGGCCAGAAAAAUCCUUUCUCUUAUGUUCAUUGCUUGUUCUGCUGAUUCAGUCCAUCUCAUUUUCUGACCGAAGACCCCUCCAAAGAAUAUAGAAUCUUUAUAAAGUGCUAUUGUGUGUUUCAGUGCUGCUUAAAUUAACUGAAAGCAUGCAUUCAGUAGUGAUGUUGCAUUUACCAAUAUACAGAAUUAACCACAGCUUCUUAGUUUCCACCUAAGUGGUCCUUUCUGAGCCCUCAGAAGGCCAAACAGCUUCCAUGUGUAGAAUUUCUUUAGAAUUAAGGAGCUUUUGAACAAGUUAAACCAACGCCAGACACAAACUGCUUUCACUGAAAGACUCUGUGUGAUUCCUUUAUGAAAAGAAGGUGGCAUAGGGUAGCUGGAACAUAUUCAAGGAAGAAGGAAUUCGUGAAAACCAUGCAGGAUAAGCACUUGUAUAGAUUUGGCUAAUAUCCUAAGCUAAAGCUAUUUACCAGGGUUUUUUAACAAGUGCUAUAUAAAAAUGAAGCGCAAUGUGGUUAAAAUGGUUAUCCAGAUAAUCAGUACCCUUACAGAAGUUGCAUAGAAGGUGAAUGUUUCAUUCUGUUUAAAUCAAGCCAUCCUGCUGUUGUUAGAAAUCUCAGAGGUUCAGCCUUGUGGAAGGAUUUAAAGGCAACACUUCCAACAAUAAUCGGAUUAGAAGGACUUGCAUAGCUACAUGGGCUAAAAAACAGAUAAAGGAAACUGGAGUUCAAGCUUACCACAAAGAAAGGUAGUGAGCUGUGUGGUGCAGAAUCAACACACUGUCUUUGAUUUUGACAGUCACCUAAGCAGGAAUGCCUGCGGAUUUCAAUGGUUACUGGAAAAUGGUCAGCAACGACAAUUUUGAGGAGUAUCUGAAAGCCCUGGGUAAGUUUCUCUUUAUAUUUAAUACUCAAUAAAUGCAGCCUGUCUUGGCCUUUAUGUGAAUCUAUUUUUUCUUGCACAGUCAUAAACAUUUGAGAAAUAUUCUUCAGGAAUGCACUUUAAGAAUUGCCUUAUGCAAAAUUGUUUUGUCUUAAGCAGCCUCUACUUUUUUCCAUCUUGAAGCUUACGUUAACAGAGAUUAAACAUCAUAGCUUGAAGAGGUAAGUGGCAGACUUCAAACUUUAAAAACAACCAUAAUUUGAAAAAGAGUACAAUUUUCUUUAUGUGUAAUAAAGAGACAGUAAUGUACUUAAUGCAGUUUUGUGUGUUUGCAUUUGAUGUAAAGUGCUGUUAUUCCUAUAGAAAUUCAAAGGCCUUAUUGACUGUCAAAUACAAAUGGUGGUUUUUAGGAUUCCACAUAAUCAGAAAAUCAAAACAUUAACUUAUUUAAGUUAAAACAAUUAGAUUAUGGGCUUUUUCCUGAUGAGAAACCUGGCCUGAAAGAUCUGGAUGUUUACUUAUCUUUGUUUGUUUGAGUUGUCCCAAGAGCUACAAGCUUUUUUUUGUGGUAGACUUUUCUGGAUUAAAAUAAUUCUUUUUCUUUUUCAGAUGUAAAUGUUGCUGUAAGAAAAAUAGCAAACUUGCUUAAACCUGACAAAGAAAUCCUUCAGAAUGGGGAUCAUAUGAUCAUUAAAACGCUAAGCACUUUUAGAAACUACAUCAUGGAAUUUGAUGUAGGAAAGGAGUUUGAGGAGGAUUUAGCUGGGGUGGAUGAUCGCAAAUGCAUGACCACUGUAUCUUGGGAUGGAGAUAAGCUUCUUUGUGUACAGAAUGGAGAAAAAGAAGGUCGUGGUUGGACCCAGUGGAUUGAAGGAGAUGAAAUGCACCUGGAAAUAAGAGUGUGUGGAGUCAAGUGUAAGCAGGUCUUUAAGAAGGUGCAGUGAGCCUACUGCUGAUACAGAAGUGAAGAACAGCAGAAUUUACACUUAACCACCAAAUCUCCAAAUGCUAGUAAUGAACAUCAUCCCUGACAAGAGCAAACACAGAAAUGAAGAUCACAUUUGAACUGUAUAGUUAGAAUAAAAUAUUUUUAUCAAAUCAUUUAAAA